GUCGGCGGCGGCGCACGCCUUCCUCUUUUUUGAUCGCGCACACGCGGCGACGUGAGAGCCGGAGAAGGCACCGCACCACAACACGGGCAGCGAAAGAAACCAAACCAUUCGACCAUGGCGGCCAAUCACCACCUCCGCCGCCUCGCCUCCGCGUCCGCGUCCGCUCUCUCCCGCCCGUCCCAGCAUCCUCCCCCGGUCCUCCUCUUCCGCCUUGCGCUCUCCAGCUCCGCCUCCUCCGCGGAUCCGCCACCGGCGGCGCCGCCGCCAGAGGUCGCCAAGAAGGCGGAGGGAGAGGAGGCGCCGGCGAACGCCAAGGGCCGCGACGCUGGUAGCGGAAAAGAGGAGGAGGCUGAUGACGACGGAGGCGUGCACGUGAACAAGGCCACCGGCGAGAUCGGCGGCCCGCGCGGGCCCGAGCCCACGCGGUACGGCGACUGGGAGCGCGGCGGCCGCUGCUCCGAUUUCCGAACAACUUCGCUCCAGCUGUGAGUUGCAGUUUUCAGACUGGGAAGCUGAAGAUUAUCGGUACAUUAAAUUGGUGCUGCUAUUGGUAUCACCUUAUCAGACUACCAGUCAUCGAUUGGGUCUGUAGUUGUGACUUGUCUGUCCACAUUAGCAAUAUAUGGACAAGGGCAUUCCCUUGCCUACCAUGGUGAAUCCUUCAGUUCAGAGUAUGUUUAUGCUGGCCUCUAAUGAGAAGCCUCCUUAAAAGAGAAUUGUAUGGGAGUGUCAGGGAAUCGUCAUGGGUGGCUAUGCGUCUCUGAAGCGGCAUGAUCAUCUAUCUGUUCAUCUAGAGUUUUCUGAGCAUAUUGAUUUCUCCUUUGGCUGCUCCUGUGCGUUAGAUUUUGAUCCAAGUGUAAUUUCGCUAGUGGUAAUCGCUGAACAGUGAACACUGGCCAAGUUCAUGCUGUAGGUUGGGACUCAGGAUCUGCUCCUGAUAAUCGCUGACAGUUCAUAGCUUGCCCGAGUUGAGCUCAAUGGCUGCUCCGAUUAGGCAUCCUUCACACCGGGCCAAGGCCCUGAACUUGGUGCAGCACGAUUGCCCACUGCUCAGCUGCUGUUUCUGUUGGCCAUUUGGCCCAGGGGAAAGGGAAAGCAGAAGAUGAGAGCCCGGAUCUUUUUAUUUAUAAUAAUUAUUAAGAGUUUCGAAAUUUUAAAGGUAGUAAUUGAGGCUGAGAAUUAGAAUUUUAGGAAGGACGUUGUUCCAGAUAGCGUCCAGUUUGGGACGCUAUUUCACCUGACGUCCGUGUGUGGGCUACUGCCGCGGCCCACCUCCUCGCCUGCGGCGGCAGCCGCCACCGCCUCCCUAAUCGAGUCUGACCCAUCCCAUCCUCGCCUGUGGCCUCAGCUGCCGACCACGUUCCGGCCUGUGUCUGCCAAGCCACCGCCCUCCUUAUU